CACUAGCCAAAGCAGCCUGUUUGCGUGUUGUGGAUUCAGAGUGCACAGGAAUUGGUGACGGGCUCUGGCAAAUCCUAGUCGACAUUGUUCCCUGCUACCAAAUUGGUGAUUUUCACCAAAUUGGUGUCACCAAUUGAGCGUGGCAGUACGGUGUGAUGACCGCGUGGUCCAGACGCACACCGGUCCUGUGCUGGGCAAAGCAUGACUUACAAUUGAAGCAGGAUCAGGUUCUGCCCGGCCCAGAAACAAUUGCCCAAGGCUCAUCAGGAUGGUUUUGACACGCGUUGCAUUGUGUUUUCAACGCCGCGGGUAAGCACAACUUCUGAACGGCGCUGCACCACGGCAUCGACAUAAACAUAGUACUACAGGAGUAACAAUCGCCCUCAUACAGCUGCCCCGCGGGCGCAACGUUCUCGCCUUGACAUUAUUUGACCUAGCUUGCAAACUUAAGGCAAAUGUAAAGCCGGUCGCACAAUCUUCCCACUGACGACUUGAACACGGAUAACGCUGCUUCGUUUCGCUCGUUCUAGUGGCCUUUAGCUGCAUUCCUGAACCCGGUUUGCCGUUAAGCACUACCUGGCGCGCGGCUUACCUUACAGUGAUGCUAUAGGAUUAAAAGCUGUGCAUCAGCUUAUAGGCGAAGGCGCGCCUGCCCUAGCCAGUGCGGCAACAUGCCGGUGGUUCAGGCCGUCACUGGGUUGUGGGGCUCCAGCAGCUGCGCCGGCAGCUUCAACUCAAUUGCCGGCGGGGUCUCGGGCGCUGGGGACCCGCACAGCCUCCAAAACCUCUACAGCCCCCCCAGCCCCCAGCCGCGCCACAGCAUCGACACGCCGCUACCUCACCCGCUGCUGUGCGCCUCCCACCGCCACGACCCCGAGGCCUGCACCGAGAUGUGGGAGCCGGCCUCGCCACGGCUGCGAAUACAGGUGCCCGCUGUGCCCCGGCCCUCCACACCCACCGGGGGCGGCGGCGGCAGUCGGCCCACCUCUGCGGCCUCGCCUCUGAGCCCGCGCUUCCAGCACCGCCACCACCUGACGCUGGACGCGGCCCCGCACCCGCACAGCCACCUGCAGCCGGAGCCCGCACAGCCCGUGUCGCCCUCAGCAGGCCACACGCGGGCAGGGUCGCGCUCGCCAGGACCCGAGUGCCCAGCAGGACCAGGCGGGGCAGGUGGCAGCGGCAGCGGCGGAGCACAUGCCAGCAACUCACGGCCGCAGUCGGCGUCCCCGACACGUGCCAGCGCGGGGCCGGGCUCUGCCUCGGGCUCAGGCCAGGCGCCGGUGGUGCCGAUGCUGCGGCUCACAGCACUGGGUGGCAGACUGGGGGAAGGAGGCGGGCCCGGCGGCGGCACGGGGGCGCUGCCGUCGUCGCCCCGCACCACCGCCAUCCUCAAUCAGGCCGCCUGGCUGACCGCCCGCACAGCGGCAGCCGCCACAGCUGCGGCCACCGUGGACGACUGCGGCGCAGCAGCAGCGGCUUCUGCUUCUGCUACUGCUGCUGCUGCUGCUGCUGAGGGGGAGGGCCCCUUGAUGAUGGUGCGCAGCAUGCGGACCCAGUCCAUGUCUUUGGCUACGUCUACUUCGCAGUCCAACUCACCGGCGGGCGCGGCAGCAGCGCACACGCCGCAGCCCCCGCCGACCGCGUCUGGGGCGGCAAGCGCUCGCGGCAGGCGUGCCGGCGCCUCGACGGCUGUGUCCCAGGCCCAGGUCGGUAGCCACUGCAGUACGCCCCAGCAACACCCGGAGCAGUACCAACAGCAGUAUCAACAGCAGUACUUGGAAGCGGGGAGCGGCAGCCCUGCGGCGGCGUCACCGCGCGUGGGUGCAGCUGCCAGCGGCGGUGACACGGCGCGGCGCGGCACGCGGGCGUCCAGCUCCCAGUGGGCUGUGUCGCUGGGCGGCGGUGGCGGUGGCGGCGGCGGCGGGCUGUCCGCCAACCCCUCCUCGCCCUGGCUCAGCAGCCUGCCAGGCUCACCCGGCGGCAGCUUCACAGGUGGGCCGCGGCCGCUGCACCUGUUGGGCGGCCUGUUGGGCGGCCUGCUGGGCGGCGGCAGUGGCGGUGGCGGCGCGCAGGGCGUGGCGGCCCCGCCCGCGCAGCGCCGGCACGAUGGCGGGUCGGCGGGGCUCAGCUUCGGCGGCGCGUACCGGGAGCAGCACCCACAGCAUUGCCAGCAGCAGGGCUGGUGCGGCGACCCAUAUGCGGAUUGGGAGGCGGUUGAGAUUGUGGCGGAGGAGGGGCAGGGGACGGGGACGGGGACGGCCGUAGGGGCGCGCGCGCAAGAACUGAUUGGGCCAGCGGCGGCGGCUGCCGCUGCCGCGAUGAAGGCUGCGGCGGCGGCGUUCGGUGGCGGCGGGGGUCAGGCACGCGGUGGUGCUGGUGGCGGUGCGCCGCAUAGCCCACGGAGCUCGCUAGGCCAGGGGCACCAGCGGCCAGGCAGCGGCCGAGGCGGGCCUGGCCCUAGGGGUGGGGGUGGUGGAGCCGCCGUCGUGCGCCCCUCCGCCGCGUCCUUCACCGCCGGCCUGCAGCCUCACGCAGGUGGCCGCGCGGGGUCCGGCGGCUCCCACCUGCGGCCGCACCGGCCCCAGCCGCACCCGGGCCACCCCCUGCACACCGCCGCCCUCAUCAACCACCACCUGUCGCACGUGUCGGAGGCGGGCGGACUCCGCUCACCACGUAGCACAGCACCGGGCGGCGGAGGCGGCGGAGGUGGUCCGGGACUGAGGCCCCGUUCCGCCUCCGUCACCACUACCAUGCGCCCCCGCUCUGCAGCGUCUUUCAGCAUCAACGGAGGUAUGGGGAGCGGCGGCAGCGGCGGCAGCUCUCGGCCCGGCUCUGCGGCCGGCCCGCGCUCUCCCUCACUGUCACAAUCCCUGGUAGGGACAGCCAGCGGCGGCGGGCCCGGCGCUGCCAUCGCUGCCGCUGCCGCCGCUGCCGCCGCCAACCCCGCCGCAGCCUUUGAGAUUGUGCCUGACGGGCUUGCGGCCAGCCUGGGCAUACUGCCAGGCAGUGGCGGCGGCGGCGCCGGCAGCUUCACUGCCGGUGUGGUGGGCGUGGCGGGCAGCGGCCGUGUGGGUCGGGCCAUUGCCGGCAUCCUGCCGGGCGGCAACCCGGGCACCUUCAGCCUGGGGCUGCAGGAGCGAAUCAACCUGACGCUAAUGGACGCUGGAGCAAGGCCACCGCCGCAGCCCGCCCCGCCGCCGCAGCCCAACCCGGUCGUUAACAAGAUGCUGAAUGAGCGCGCCGAGGCGGAGGCGGCUCGCGGUGUGGUGGAGUCGGCGUUCGCCAGCCCCAACCCGCACAUGUGGAUGCACCAGCUGCUGGUGGAGCCAGCAACGGCCGCCGCAGCAGCGGCCGCAGCGGCCGCCGUCGCGCCGCCGCCAGUGGUGCCCCGGCACACGAGUGUGGAGGCGGGCCACCUCACCAGCCGCUGCUACCUGGCCGCACGGGAGGCCUGCCGCAGCCUGGCCGCCACAGGGGCGCCGGGGGCAGCCAUCAGCCUGCGGGAGGCGGCGUAUGGGGAGGGCGCCGGCGGUCCGGGCGGCGCGCGGGGCAGCCCGGCGCGCAUGGGGCGCAAGUGAGGGGCGCUGUGGGGCUGCGCCAGACUGGAGGCAAUUGGCGCAUUGUUAGUGUGCGGCUGUCGUUUGUGGGAGCCUUGCUGCAUUCAUAGCGUUUGAGGCAGUCAUAGAAAUGUGGCUGCUUCAAGGGCACUGAGUUCGCAGCAGUCGCGUGGGUGCCCACAGGCAUGUGUGUAUACCAGAUGAUAGGGCACCAUCGCAGCCAUCUCGGCGGCUGUGCGUGGAUGUGACCGCCUGUUGGGCCAAGCUAUGAUAUACGCUAUACCUUGGCCUGUAUUGCAGCAUCACAGAUGAACGUUUUCAAUCACAGUAGUAUGAUAACAGUACAAAGUAUGUGUUCUAUUUGGAUUGUGGCAUGUUGCAUACGGUGGUGGGUGUUGACUGUUGAGCGGGAGGGGCAUGUGAGAUUAGCUUGUCGACGGACGACGGGUAACUCGGCGGUGACAUGCAGGACAGGCAUAGAACCGUGGAAGCGCCGUUAUUGCGUGUAUUUAUAUUUUAUAAUAAGCACAGUCGUGCAGAACUGGUUAGCGCUGCCCGUGCGUGUGCUGCCCGUCGGCCAUGCCUGCCUUGAAUGCCGGGAAUUUUCGCAUGCCUCUGUCCCUGCAGAAUACUUUGUAAGCAUUAUAACAU